UACCAAAUAGGGCGAUAAAAGUGAAUGAAAACAUAAACCAUCUUACCCCAACCUACUAUAGAUGCGCGAAACAUGGUAAAGGGGAAAUAGCCAACAAAGCGAAAGUGAUAAAACAGGUUUAUUUCGAAAUAAACAAAAUAUUUUCAUUCGCAAACCAGUUAAAGAAGAAACAGAUCUAAUAACGUGAAGCAGAUUAUUCCGUAAUGCGUAUAUAAGUAUAUGAAUAUAUGCGUAGUAUGCUAUGAAUAAGUUUGCCCUGUUUUAUCAGGCAUAUUUGGUAGUAAAAAUAGAACACUCAAAGAAUUCUAAACCGUAUCCUCACGACUCCCAUAGACCGUUGUUAACUGUUUAAAACACGAUCAGAAUAUUUGGAUAAUAUGUCCGAAAAGUGUCCCAUCUUCCCCCACCCUACUAUAUGUAGUAACGUUGUUUUAUGUUAUAAACACUACAGUUGUGUUAGCGCCCAUUAGUGAUACUGUUAUAGAAUGUUAAUUUUAAAGCUCAUAUGUCUUGUGUUUGUUGUUGCAUUUCAUGUUCAUGCUUUGACUUGUAAGUCGGGAUAUGCCGUCACUUCGUUGAUAACUCAGACGUCAUCACAAGUAAUCACGUGUCCGGCCGGAAAAGACGCGUGCGUGAGGGUUAAGGCUACAGGGUCUAAGUUCGGCAUACGCGCGACCGGUAUUGGUUACAGUUGUAGAAGUGCAGCGAAUUGCAGCGAGUUACAAGCUCAAUGUAAAACUUUCGCUUUGUCGACUAUCAGUGGCUUUACCAGCCUGGCGUUGACUCCAUCUGUUAUUAAUCGAUGCAAAGUUGGAUGCUGUUUCACCGACAACUGUAAUGCUAAUGCAAUACGUACUUGGACAACAACAACAACAACAACAACGACUGCUUCGACUACAACACAAACAACAACAACAAAUAAAACAACAACAAUAACAAAUGACACAACAAACAAAACAACAACAACUACAACAGAAACAACAAACAAAACAACAACAACUCCAACAGAAGGUGUUCCUACGCCACAUGCAACAGUUAAAACGCCUUCAACCGCUACGACCCUUCCUCCUGGUAAACAAACAACAACAACAACAACAACAACAACAACGACAACAACUGCCAGACCUAAAUACCCAAGAUGCUGGUCGGGAAUGGACAUCACACGUUCCAAUAUUUACCUACUGCCAGUUGGAAAUAUGUCUCGUUCAACGGAAUGCACUCAGUUUGGAAACGAGGUGGCGUGUAUAAGAGGCACUGCUACAGCGACGCUCGACACAAACGUAGUAGACGGGAUAGGAUACGCUUGCAUACGAAGAUCGAACUGCACCGACAUCCCAGCAGACUGCGUUGGAACAUUGAAAACGCUGAUACGAAACCCAAUACUUAAUUUGGCUACAAUUACUAACUGUAAGAUCGCAUGCUGCUAUGGUGAUGACUGCAACACGCAACCAAUCGGGGAGUCGGUUCCAACCAGCUCGGUGGCGCCGACUAACGACGAAAUGACAACAAGCAACAACGCUUUGCGGAUAAACAUAGAAUUGUUCUUCGUCCUUGUUAAUGUGAUGUUGGCUGGUAUAGUGAGAUUUUAGCAGACAAGACAUGUUUGCGAUGUUCGUUUUAAUCGGCGAAAAAUGUUAAUGCACUUAAAGAUUAUUGUUUAAACUUGCCCUUAUACAAGUUACUUAUUAUAGCUGUCUGUAUGACGUAUAUGUGUCACGUGCGACAUGUUUUCUUUCGCUAUGGGGAUUUUCCCUGUUGUAGUACAAUGUAUAAACAUUAAUCAAAGGUUACAGCUUG